UUGUUGCCUCCGUGAGCCUGUUUCACUCUCCUCUUUUCCUUGCACACAGUUAUUCUGAUAGCAGUCCUGGGCAACCUGAUCCGAAAGCAGUAAUGUAGUCUCUCUAAACAGAAACUUCUGAUCUGCCGGCAGCAACCUCCAGUUUUCCCUGAAGCAGCUUUUCUUUCUUUCUUUCUUUCUUUUUUAUCUUCAUCUGAAAUGGCUCUAAAAGAAAGCAUAUUGCCCAUCAGUGAGAUGCGUAGUCCUUUCCCAGAGGUGAUGGAGCUGAACGUGGGAGGUCAAGUUUACGUAACUAAACACUGCACCCUCAUCAGCAUCCCUGAAACUACUCUACACAGCAUGUUCACCAAGAACCAGGUGAGAGAUUUACCCAGGGACAACAGGGGUCGUUUCUUCAUAGACCGAGACGGUUUCCUCUUCAGGUAUGUUUUGGAUUUCCUUAGGGACAAGCAGCUGGUCCUUCCAGACCACUUUCCUGAAAAGGAGAGACUUUUAAGAGAGGCAGAGUACUUUCAACUCAAUGAUCUUCUUAAACUGCUGACACCCAAGGUCACCAAGCAAAGCUCUAUGAACGAUGAAGGAUGCCAGAGUGAUAUAGAAGACAAUUCCCAAAGUAGCGACCUGGCCAGGACUGCUUCAAUGGACAAGAGGUCUGGAUUUAUCACCAUAGGCUACCGAGGCUCUUAUACCAUGAUCAGAGACAGCCAGGCAGAUGCCAAAUUCCGCCGAGUGGCCAGGAUUAUGGUGUGCGGCAGGAUCGCCCUGGCCAAAGAAGUUUUUGGGGAAACAUUGAAUGAGAGCAGAGACCCUGACCGACCUCCUGAGAAGUAUACCUCACGCUUUUAUUUGAAGUUUACCUAUUUGGAGCAGGCUUUUGACAGGCUGUCUGAAGCCGGGUUUCACAUGGUGGCUUGUAAUUCCACGGGCACUGCUGCCUUCAUUAACCAAUACAGGGACGACAAAAUCUGGAGCAGCUACACUGAGUACAUCUUCUUCAGUAAGUUCCAAAAACAUUUGAAAGAAUAA